CUCAGACUGAGAGCUCAUCAGAGCAAAAAUGGGACACAAAUGACAAGGCUGAGCGCACUGAUAGCAUUUCAUCGUUAUUUCUCUCUACUUAAGAAACCACUCAGGAUAUAUCGCACAGUGGGUAUAUAGGCUAUGUCUUUGUGCUUACCCGUAAAUCCGCACACUUCGGAUGAUCCUGAUGGGCCCGCGAUGAUCUCCAAUCUAUAAUUUUGUUUCAGAAAUGCUGUUUUUUCAACAGUUGACCUGUCGUUUGGAGCUGUUCGCCACAUGUGGAUUGUUGCCCCGUGGAACAGAAGAGCUCCAUUUAAUCUCACGGAUGAUGAUGUAAUUAUUAUUCAGAUUCAUUUUGGAUACAUUGGAUUUCCGGGAUCAUAACCAAGAAAGUCAACACCGAGGUGUCUGGGGCGUUGGAGAAAUAAACCGAGUCUAUAUCCCACACACUGGGCUGGGAAUAACUCCAGACAAUGCUUCAGUGUUCCAGCUGUGAAAAGCCUAUUCUUGAUAGGUUCUUGCUCAAAGUUUUGGACAGACCAUGGCACAUCAAAUGUGUCCAGUGCUGCGAAUGCAAAUGCACUUUGACAGAGAAGUGCUUUUCACGAGAAGGGAGACUGUAUUGUAAGAAUGACUUCUUUAGGACAUUUGGGACCAAGUGUGACGGUUGCGCCCAGGGGAUUUUACCCAGCGAUCUUGUCCGCAGGGCCAAGAGCAAAGUGUUUCACCUCAACUGUUUCACCUGUGUGAUGUGUAACAAACAGCUGUCCACCGGAGAGGAACUGUACAUCCUGGACGAAUUCAAGUUCGUUUGUAAGGAGGACUAUCAAAACAACAACGGGAAAGACACAAUCCUCCUUUCAGUCACGACAAGCAGCGACCCGAGUCUGUCUCCAGACUCCCAGGACCCGCCGGACGACGAGAAGGACUCCGAGACGGGACAUUUAUCCGAUAAAGACAACAACAUGGAGAAUGACGAGCAGAGUGCCGUCGGGAAACGACGCGGGCCUCGGACCACCAUCAAAGCCAAGCAGCUGGAGACCCUGAAAGCGGCUUUCGCGGCCACGCCGAAACCCACCAGACACAUCAGGGAGCAGCUGUCCCGGGAGACCGGCCUCACCAUGAGAGUCAUCCAGGUUUGGUUCCAGAAUCGGAGGUCCAAAGAGAGACGCAUGAAGCAGCUGAGCUCUCUGGGCGGCCGGAGACACGUGUUCUUCCGCGGCCAGAGGAGGAUGAGGGCGCUGGGGGAGAGACUGGAAGCAGAGGAGCUUGGACACUUCUCUUAUUAUGGAGAUUAUCCUGGUGAAUACUAUGGCUCAGGAGGGAAUUACGAGUACUACCAAGGCCCACCAUCGCAUGCUCAGACUCCAGCAGACUUGGGCUUUGUGCCCUCCUCUGUCCCUGCUGGCACCCCAUUAGGAGCAAUGGACCACCACCAUCCAGGGCACCACUGUCCUGGAGAGAUGCACUGUUUCUCUGACACAGUAUCUCAUCACCCUGCGGACUCACCCAGUCCAGAGCCCAAUAUGCCGGGCUCAAUGCACAGCAUCUCCAGUGAGAUGUGUGGCCCCAGCACACCCUACACAACUGUGUCCCUCAGUGACAACGGAUACACCAACCAGCUGUCACAACCCUCUUCAGAAAUGAGCGAAGGCACUGUCUGGUAAACCAGCCGACACCCAACUACAAGGCACACCUGGAUUUUGAAGGCAAAUCAAUGCUUUUUUGUUCGUUUAUUUUAAUGUACAUUUACUUAUUUAUGGAUUUAUUUAUCUAUCUAUUUAUUUGCGUAUUUAUUUAUUUAUGUGCUUGCAUUUCUGUUAAGCUCUAUUUAACUAUUUAUAAAUCUCUAUAUUUGUAUGUCAGCAUAAGUGUUUAUUGACUAUAGCCAAUCAAUAGAUUGUUUUAAUGUGAAUUUGACUAAUUAAUACAUUCACAAUGCUGGGCCUCAUUGAUCAAGCAAUAAACAAACACAUGUAUAUGCUGCAGAAAUUGUUUUUCACCAUUUACAAAAAGCUUUUCUGCCACAUAUUUGACAUGAUUGUCCUUAAAAUGUUACAGUAAUGUGAAAGUGCAUGGCAGCAUUUUUUUUGACCACCUUUCAGUGUUUUAUGCAUACUGAUAAACAGCAUCCUCCAUCCAUGAGUUCAUGUGUAAUACAAGAUUCUAUCAUUUAAUAACAGAAUAUGAUUGUGAUGAUCAAUACAUUUGACCAAAUACCUCUCUCA